AUGCGUCUUCCACAGAACAAACUUCAACGAGCAAAAGCCGCGCUGCAUGGCAUUCAGGCGGUGCUAGUCUUCGUCGCCGGAUGUCUGACCCUCGCCGUCAUGACCAAGUCGGGAGGAUAUGGAGGACAGACGGGCUUCUACUUCGCACUGUGCUUCCUCACACUACCAGCCAUCCUCUACAUGACCAUUGGCCCGCUGUGGUCUCGACUCUGGCGAUUGAACAACGUCUACGCCUACACUACAAUUGAUUUGCUCUUCGCCUUGCUCUGGUCUGCUGCUGCGAUUGCUGUCGCGGUGUGGAAUGGACAGGGAAUCAGAAAAGGCGAGAAGGGGCAGGACACAAAGACUAGGCGGGACACGGGUGCACUCUCCUCACGCGCUGACGCCGUAAAGAAGGGAUGUGCAGCUUUCGCAUUUGGUAGCGAGUCCAAGUGUACCGUCAGCAAGGCGACGGUGGGCUUUGCGGUGGUCAUCUUUCUCCUCUUCGUCGCGACAAGCUACAUCUCCGUCCGAGCUAUGCUCGAGUUCCGUAAAACCGGCGUCAAUGUCACGCUUGCACCUUCUGGCGAUCGCAAUCGAAAAGAGGAGCUGUCCGGAGAAGAUGGGAAGGAUGUUUGGUCUACCAACACAGACGAGCUGAACGCGCACAUGGCGGAUGAUCAUGUGCAGUUCGGCCAGAGCGAGGGGGAUCGUGAGGGGUUACUCAGCCACCAACAAUCUUCCGACGAUCUUGCCCACCCUGGAAGGCGAACAAGCUACCACUCUCAGCUUGCGACGGCGCCGGCGUACGAUACGAGCUAUGCUCCGAGCGCGUUAUCUCCUACUGGCAUUCUGGGUGCAAAUACACCAGGAGACACGAGUGGCAGGGUGCUAUUUCCUGAAGCGAAUUACAGCGCGUUGCGAUGA